GCUAACAGUGCCUUUGCCCACUUAAACACCAAGCAAUGUGCAAUCUUCCAUACCAUUGUUGAUGCAGCAAUGCACAAACGACAGCUGCUUGCUUUUAUUGAUGGCAAAGCAGGUCAAGGCAAAACAUUUCUCAUCAAUGCUUUCUGUGAUUAUCUAUGCACACAAAAAGUGAUUGUACUGCCAACAGCAACCUCUGGAUAUGCAGCUCAGCUGUACUCUGGGAGUCGAACAACCCAUUCAACCUUCAAGGUA